AUGUGGACGAAACUGAGCAUUAUGAGCACAGCGUCAAAGACAAGAACUGUUGCCUUCCGCACAGAGAGUCCACCUGACACAGCCAUCGGACCCCCGCUUAUCUUUGACUUCACUGUCUACAAUGUAGACUCCUGCUAUGACGAGAACACAGGGAAGUUCACCGCGCCAGUCUCUGGAACCUACAUGUUCUACACAAAUCUAGCAUUGAAGGUGUCCAACCCAUUCGGCACGUACAUCCAUAUAAUGAAAACUGGCUCCACCAUAAUCGGGUUCGGGACAGCAAAGACGGGCAGCGACCACUCGGCUGCAUUUUCCGUUGCCCCCAUCCUCAAGGGUGAACAGGUGUGGGUGGAGACAACCCAGUCAAUCAAAAUCGAUCGAAGUUCACCAGCAUCAUCUUUUGGUGGGUUCCUGGUGUCCGUGGAUUGA